AUGCUCUCAAACAACUGCACAGGCGAGGUGCUCAUAGAUAAAGAGCAUGUUUGUGCAUCCCAGUGGGAUGAUGGGAUGUCCGACAAGUUAUGUGACAGCCUCAGUUGUGGUAAGGCCAUCGACAGCUGGCCCACAGUCUCUGCUAAAAAAAAUCGCAGGCAUUUCAGCUGCACUGGCAAGGAGACACUGGUGUGGCAGUGUGGCUUUAAAAAUGACAGCUGUAAGAACAUCCUCUCUGUGGCCUGCAAAGAUAGUGUUGAAUUCGGCACUACUGAGAAGUGUGGCGGGAAGCUUGGGAUCAGGUAUAAAGGGCAAUGGGAAUAUGUCUGUGGAAAACUGACUGAGGCUGAUACCAAGAAGGUUUGUGAUGUGCUUAAGUGCAACGAUAGUGGAGAACUACUGCUGGAUGAACAGAAAAUAGCAAAGGAAAUAAAGGUGAAAAUUGAUUGCCCAAAAGAACAUUACAAGAUUUUUCAGUGCAUGCACCAUCUCAAAAAAGAUAAAUGCAGUCAUGGACCUGCUGAAAUCAUAUGUGAAGGUUAUAUUCCAAAAGGAGAUAAUUCUCCAGUGGGUCUGAUAUUGGGUCUGUUAGGAGGCGUGCUGGG